AUGUCCCCCAUGAAGAACAUACCAGCAGUAGAGACCGAUAUACUGUACCCAGGAGAAAGCAAUUUAGAUGUAUCAGGGGUGUGUAAGGACGUUCUAGGGAGUCUCCUGUAUACUGCCCUGUACUGGCUUAACGCGGAGCCCCAGAUUGCCGUUAUCCCUAGUGUUAACACUCGCAGCAGCCCUAUUACCCGAUUCAGCCUUAGGGCUGCACUAUGGCCCGAGCGCGCUGCAGGAGGCACACGACUGAAGGCGGAACUAUGA